AUGUCCGAUGAUCCAAGCCGCGAUGAUGAUGAAGGGAGAGACACGUCCAGACGCGACGGACUCCAUCCUGCUCAGCCUGGUGACAGUCUGGGCCCAGAUGGAAGAUACAAGACGCUGCACAAGCUCAGCGGCACUAAAGCCGCAACAACAUGGCUGUCUCGAGACACGAGAGGGAACUCAUACGUGUCGGUGAAGGUCUUGGCAGUAGAAGCAUCGCGCAAUCCAGGCUUUGACUCGAAACUCACCAACUUGGAACCCUGGAGCGACCACAAAGGCGUCGCUCAUGUCGCCAAUCUCAUUGAUCAAUUCUGGCUCGAGGGGCCGAAUGGGUCGCAUCUAUGCAAGGUCCUUCCUCUUCUUGGUCCGGCAAUAUCAGAUGACGUUUGGGUGCCGGUGACCUUCACUCCGGAGGUGCUAAGAAAGAUGUGCCUUCAAGUCAUCAUGGGGUUUGAUCUCGUACACUGUCUUGAUAUCUGUCACGGCAACUUUUGUCCCGCGAAUAUUCACCUCAAGCUGCAGGGGGUCGACGAUCUCUCGGAAGAACAGUUGGCGGCAGUACUGGGCCAGUCAGCCGCACAGCCUUCACACCAGGCAGAUUCAGAAACACAGGGAUUGACUAUCGUACAGCCAGUAGAUUGGUCUCGAGUAGACCCAAAGUAUUUCUCAACAGAUAUUCUCAUAGCUGGCUUCGAGUCGUCGUAUGACCCUCGGAACCCACCAGAGGCCCUAGGGACGCCGACAAGUUACCGUUCACCGGAGGUCUUGAUUGAAGGAGCCCGCCGCGCUGAUUAUAAAGCGGACAACUGGGCCCUCGGGUGCACGCUGUUCGAGCUCCGUACAGGAACAGAGCUUUUUGGCAGUGGACCUGAUACUGAAGUCAACGGCGUCUUGCUGGCCAUGAUCAAGACCUUGGGCACGAUACCCGAGCCACUCUGGUCGUCUUGGGCGGAUCGGCGGCUGUACUAUUAUGAUGAUGGGACGCCACAAUUCAUGGACGACGACUUUGCAGCUUCUAGUCCGCUCGAGGACCUGCUCACAGAGAGUUCGACAACGGCUGCGUCACGCAACGGGCCAAUUGAUUCGGGGGAAGCGAAACUCCUAGCGGAUCUGUUAGGACAACUACUGCGAUAUCAAGCAGACGAUCGUGUCCGGGCAGACAAGGCACAGCAUCACGACUGGUUCAAGCUCUGA